GCCUUCACUUCCUGUAUUUAAGCGCGGCAACAAAGAGCCUCACUUAGCAUCCGAGCCUCCUCCUCAGCUCCUGUUCUCCUCGCGCCUCCGUCUGUACUGUCGACCCGAGAAGAUGCCGGAGGAAACCACCGCCGCGUCCAGCUCCGCGAGCGCGGACGAGAAGCCAUGUUCUUCAUCAUCUUCAUCCGCUGCAGCUGCAGACAGCUCUGUCGACGUCAUGGACGAGGCCAAGAAGCUGAUCGGCACAGGGAACAGACAUCUAGUGAUGGGAGAUGUCGUUUCUGCGGUCAGUGUGUUCCAGGACGCCUGCAGCAUGCUGGCUGCAAAGUACGGAGACACUGCAGAUGAGUGUGGCGAGGCCUUCUUCCUUUGUGGGAAGUCCCUGCUGGAGCUCGCCAGGAUGGAGAACAGUGUCCUUGGCAAUGCCCUGGAGGGAGUCCCAGAGGAGUCUGAGGAAGACGAGCAGCCCAGCAACUCAAACAUUGAGAGCGCCACCAAUCUCGAUGAGAAAACUAGAGAUGAGCUGCGAGUGCAGGUGUAUGACGCAAUGGCCGAGAAGGAAAAGACUGAGGCCGUUGACACUAAUGUCAAAAAAGAAAAUGCUGUGGAAAAGUCCCCUGUCAAACCAGUGACUGGAUCAGCGAGCGGGGACAAGCAGAGCUCUGUUAAUGGAGUUGAGAAGACAAACGGUGUGGGAGAACAUUCAAAUGGGUCUCCUGGAAAUGACCCUGUGACUGAGAAAAAGGUGGAAACCGUUAAAGAGCAGAAUGGAAAUGAGAAACCUGAGGAUGAGGAGUCCAAGCCAGAGGCUGAACAAGAUGAAGAGGAGGCAGAGGAUGAUGAUGAUGAUGACGAGGAUGAAGACGACGAUGAUGAAGAUGGAGAGAAAAAUGGACAAGAUAAAGAAGAGGAGGAAGUUGGGAAUUUGCAGUUGGCCUGGGAGAUGCUGGAAGUGGCCAAAUUCAUCUAUAAGAGGAAGGAGAGCAAAGAUGAACAGCUGAUGGCAGCACAGACGCACCUGAAACUCGGAGAAGUCAGCGCUGAAUCAGGCAACUACCCUCAGGCACUAGAGGACUUCCAGGAGUGUCUCACCCUGCAGCUGAAGCACUUACCUUCCCACAGCCGCCUGCUGGCUGAGACCCACUACCACGUCGCCACCACACUGUGCUACAUGGACCAGUACAGCCAGGCCAUCCAGCACUACAACAGCUCCAUUAAAGUCAUUGAGGCUCGUCUGGCCAUGUUGCAGAAGGCGAUCGACAAAGCGACGGGAGCAGAUGUAGCAGCGGAAGAGAAGACCGAGAUGGAGGAGCUGAAGCAGCUUCUGCCUGACAUCAAGGAGAAGGUGGAGGAUGCCAAGGAGAGCCAGAGAACAGUUGCCACCGCCAUCCAGCAGACACUAGGCGGUGCUUCAACCUCCUCAGCAUUCUGUGAAAACGGUGGCCCUUCAUCCUCCACAGCAUUUCCCACUGCCAGCAAGAUUCCAGUGAAAUCAGCUGACGGCGCCUCAUCCUCAAAAGUGUCAAACAUCUCCCACCUCGUCAGGAAGAAGAGGAAACCAGAGGAGGAGAGCCCAGUAAAGGACACUGACGCUAAGCAAGCGAAACAGGAAGCCACAGUUAAUGGCAGCGCCGACUCUAGUGCCAGCAACGGCAACGGAGUCAAGGAGGGAAAAUCCCAGGAGCCUUCCAACAAGUCGGACUCUGUCCAGUCUAGAGCGUGACGACCCGAGUCUCUCUCCUGAACCUGAGAACCAGCACAGCAUGCCUGUCCCCCCCCCACACCUUCAGCAUUUUGUUUCUGUAAAUAAGAUCAUUUUCAUAGAUUUGUGUGUCCAGUUUUGUAUACUUGUAGUAAAAAAUGAAAUAAAGAAUUUGCAGAUGUAA